ACUGUAUAAUACAUAAGCUGAUUUAUCCAUUUGCAACAAACCACACAAAAAUGUGCGGCAUUUUUUGUCAUUUUCCCCAUUUUAUCUGCUUUUUCUGUAUUAAACUUUUCCUCCAACAAACCAUGUGAAAACUUCUCUGGUAUUUCACAAAAACCAUCAACUUUUUCCCACUGAAUUUCUCAACCGCCUUAUUUUGUUACAACUAUAUAAAUACCACUCUUCACUUAUCAAAUCAUUCAACCAAAUCAUAAACAAAAACAUCAUAAAAACACUCAGAAAAAUCUUACUCAAAACUCUCUGAUUUUAGUUCAUCAAAUUCUCAAAACAAAAGAUGAGUUCGUCAGCUGGAAUGAAGUGGGCAGUAGCAGCAAGUAUUGCAGCAGUAGAAGCAUUGAAAGAUCAAGGAAUUGCAAGAUGGAAUUACCCAAUUAGAUGUGUUCAUCAACAUUUGAAGAGUAAUAUUAGAUCUUAUUCUCAAGCGAAGAAGUUAUCUUCUAAUUCUUCUGCUAUGGUUUCUAAGAAGAUGAAAGAUGAGAAGUUGAAACAAUCUGAAGAGUCUCUUAGGACUGUUAUGUACCUCAGUUGCUGGGGUCCUAAUUAGUUUCUUAAUUUUCUUUUUGUUGUUGUUGUAGUAUUUUUGUAUAUACUACAUCGAGUCGUACCGAGCGUGGCUUGACUCACUUGGUACGUUUCUUAUGAAGUUCGAAUCUUGCCAAGUGAGGGUGUCUGAGGGUAGUAUCCCCUUAUGUUUCAAUCAGUCUCAAGUGGCUCGCUUGCAAAUGUGGUUUUAAGGAACUGUAAUGGUUGAGAUCUGAUCAAGCCCAAAAAAAAAAAAAUGACAAUACCCGAGCCAUACUCGGCUUUGAAAUGUAGUCCGAGUUAUGUUUGGUUUUUAUAAAUUUAUGUAUACUGUAUGAAAAAACAAGGGUUCAUCUAUAAAUUUCUGUUCUUGAAGCUUUA